GAGGGAGGGAGGACAAACCAGUGUGGCAGGUUUGUGUCACUGUACACAGUCCAUCAUGCAAAGCUGAUGGAAAGCAAAGCGGACAGAGGGAGAAGCAGAGCUGCGAGCUGAUGUCAUUACAGCACAAUGGCGGAGGACGAGAAGAGACGUUUCACGUAGAGCAGGCAGUGGAAGCCAUUGACUGAGGUCGACCUGAGGAACCGAGGACUCCUGAAGACAAAACAGCCAAGAGCAAGGACAGAGCUCGGAACAAUCAGGAAUACAAACCAUUUAAAAGGAGCUGUGAGAGGAAUACAACUGUGCCAAUCUUUGACUGUUUUUCUUUUUUUGUUUGUUUGUUUCUUUUAACACACUCAGAGCUAAAGCAUCAAAAUAAACCGCCUCAAGAGCACAGUCUAAAAGACACUCGGAAUCUCUUAAAUAUCAGUUUUUCUCUUCUGGUCUAUUUUGGUAAUCGGAAUUCAACACGAGGUCAUCACCUUGGUUUUUACUCUCAAACAAUGGACUUGUCUUUGCUUCCUUCUGCAGUGAGUCAGUACAAGCAGAGGUCAAGGCCUCACUUCACUGUCCGCUCAGCCAGCUCUCCCUCAUACAGCCUCAAUCGCAGGCCAGGUCUGAGGAAGAGGGAGACUGCCGUGGAAAGUGGAGGAAGUGGGAGAUAUGGAUCAGGUGUUACUAUAAAUCCAAGAAACACAGAAGACACAACCUCUGCCGUCAGUACCGGGAGUCACAGACAUGUCAAAGAUCAGUGUGAGGAGAGGGAACCAUCAGGCGAUACGGCGACUGUCGGGCUGACACAAAAUAUCACAGCAGACCAAACAGUUCCAGAAACUUCCACUGACCAGAGUGAAAACCUUCCACUGGAAAUUCGGGGGAGAACAGAAUUAAAGAGAAGCAACCUUGUAAACAGAAGUAAGAGUGUAGACUGGAGAACGAGGGAGAAAAGCCCUGAUCGCAGCACCAACGCUGACAUCCCUGCACUGUCACCCAAAAGAGACACGAUCAUGUGUAGAAGAGCCUCAAGCGUGAUGGAAAGAAGGAAUGAAGUUGAAGAGCACAUUGCAGGAAGGGCUCACGUGAGCCCUACUUUUCCAAAGUGUGGCUCAAAUUCCCUUCCUUCCAGGUGGAGGUCCCUGACUACGCCUGACAGCAAGAACACAAACAGACAUCCUUCACUGGAGCUCACCAGUGGUCAGAGCAUCAUCGAGCGAAUAGAGAAGCUCCUCUCUUCAGCAGGGCUGGGUAAAACUGAAGAGGAUAACUCAGUGUCUGACUCCUCAACGGAUUCUCAACAGAAGUAUGGCAAAACAGCAGGGGGCACCUUUCCCAGGCGUUUCUCUGCAGGAGACUUCAAUUGUCCCGUGAGAAGCUGGAUGCCACCCAUCUGGACUCAGAAAGAAAAUAAUAAGACUUUACCUUCACCCCCGAGAAGCUCAUCUCAAGAGAGACCACUAGGAAGUCACUGGCAGGGGCAGGCUUGGACCAAGCAUACGGAUGGAGGCGGAGUCACCUGGAGAAAGGGGUUUGUGGAUUCAGGUACGAGAUCCCUGGACAGGGCCAGGAGCAAAAACACUAUUGCAGCUCAGAUAAGAGCAGCCAGGGCUACAGCGGGGAUUUCUUCGACUCAACAGCCAAAUGACCUAUCAGGAGAGGCGUCUCACAGCGAUCUAGCAAACAGACUAAGAGAAAGGAGAGCCAGCGGAAGUAAGAUUGACAGCUGGGUACAUUUUGGAGAUGACAAAAGAGACAGCUAUAGAUUAAAUGGGGUGAUGAAAGAGAGAAUUGGAAGAGUUAGAGAGGAGCAUAAAGAGAGCGAUGAGGACAUGAAAGAGAGAAACGAACUAAAGAGCAGUACUCUUGAUGAAGUGUUUGAAACCUCACAGAAGAUAACUCUGAAAGUGUUCGAGAGGAAAAAGCUGUCCGAUAAAUUGCCGGCUGCCUCGUCAGCCAGUGUGAAAAAUAAGAUUAAUCAGUUUGAGGCACUGACACAGAAUGCUCAAGGUUCAGAAACAAACCAAGUCUGGAUGUCGAGAAGAACCUACUCGGUGCCAGCACAACUCAGCAGGCUUCACGAUGGAGUGAAAAAGAGCACAUCUGCAAAAGACAUCGAUGGACUGAGACACAGAUCAGAGGGACUGAAAGAGGGAUGUGAGGCAGGUGGAAGAUCAAUGAGAACUACAACAAAGUUUGCAACGGGAAGAUCCUUAUCAGUAGAUGAGGUUGGACUAAAACUAAUGCAGAAAGAGUCCGGAGAGAGAGAUGCUGCAAUGGAAGUGGAAGGCAAUGUUUUUGACCAUUAUUCCAAACUCAAAAAUACACUAGAAAUACCUCUGAAUGAAGGAGCUCAAAGAAAACGAAGACAGUUUUUCAUUGACGAGCAAGAUUUCGUGAAAGUGUCGAGUCCUGAGGAGCAAAGCAGAACCAGUGGGACAGCCCAGGACGCACCGUCCUCACAGCCUCCCAGUGACGUCUCAACUGGUGAGAAGAAGAGGAUUUCCUCUGGACCUGCCUCACCAGGUAGUGACAAUGACAAAACCCCAACAAACACCCCUGACCACUCACCGUUCAUACCGCCUCAAACACAACAAGACGCCACUCCCAGGGCAGACAGUCAAAACAAAAGCGCCUUCGUCUUCACACAAGAAACCAACCUUCCAGAUCCAUCAGACACGCCGCCGCUGCCUGGCCCUUUAACCACCUCCUCCCCUGUCAGCCUGCCUGACUUCAUCCCUCCGGAGGUCACAAAGUCCAACCCAAGAGGGAGAAAACAGCUACUCGACUUGGAUGCUUGGAUAACUGGACUGAAUCCAGAGUUCAAGGGCUGGAAUUAUGAUGAGGAGGAUUCCGAUGAAAGUACAGAGAAGGAUGAUGAUUCCAACUACGACUCAGACUCUGGAGAGUCCUCAGUUACGAUCACCAGCAGCCAGUCAGACCGCAAGAGCUUCUCUGUCAACCUUGCAGACCUGUGUAACUUCACUGGAACUGAAUAUGAGUCGGACGACAGUGACGACUGGCAGUCAGUCAGCCGGCGGUCGGCCUCACUGAGCUCCGAUGUGUCGGCUCUGUCCUACGUGUCUCUGAUGCCUGCUGAAGAGCUCGACCAGCUGCUGGAGAACGUCAGGAGCAUUGGAAACAACACAUUGCAGGACUACAAUGAUGUGCAAGUUGUGGUUCUCCAUAAGGAUGUUGGAGUAGGACUGGGUUUCAGCCUGGCUGGAGGCGUGGACCAAAGCAAACCUAUUACUGUUCACAAAGUGUUCCACUCCGGCGUUGCAGCCAAGGAGGGCUCCAUAAGAGAAGGGGACCGUGUGCUGUCGAUCAACGGUACCGCCCUGCAAGACACCGCGCACUGGGAGGCCCUGAGGGUCCUGAGGAGGGCCAAGACUCGGGAGAUGGGAGUGGUGGUUCUGAAGAGGGAUGAUGCCACUGGACCCCCUAAGAGGGGGGUUCAGGGAAAGAGUCAGGCCCCACCGCCAACCCAGUGCCAUUCAGGCCAGCGCGUGUGUGUGCAGCUGCAGAAGAACAGCAGGGACCUGGGCUUCAGCCUGGAGGGAGGGGCAGACUCCAGCGAAGGGAACAGACCGCUCACGGUGCAGAAGGUCUUCCUGGGAGGUCCUGUUGACAAGGUCCAGUCUGGAGACGAGGUCCUGGAGAUUCAGGGCCGAAGCGUGGUGGGGAUGAGGCGCCUGGAGGCCUGGACUCUGAUCAGGACGCUCCCGUCCGGGCCGGUGGACGUGGUGCUGUGCCGCCAUCCUGAAACAUGAGGAUUAUGAUGCGCUUCAUGCCACCGACACUCCAGGGGCGAUGAACGCUCCAACCUCGCUAAUUUGCAACAAUUUAUGAGUCGUUAGAAAUGCAAGACCAAAUAAAAUACACAAAUUAGUGACAACUUUAAAUUUGCAUUACCCUGAAUACGAUGAUCCACAGGACGUUGAUCAAAGUUCACACAAUAUUCUGGAAAACAGCAUUUUCCAGAGAAAAUUAAGAAUGUUGGUGCUUGCAUCUGUUAUGCAACGAAUGCAUAGAUGUUGUUUAACACGUCACAAUAGCUAUGAAGAGUCAGUUAUGAAUUCCUGACUACAGGUGUCCAGGAACACAGAAAUACAGAAGCUGCCAUGUUAAAGGUCCAUUUGCCUGAUGUCUGUAACUCAUGGACACUAAAAAGGUUUAUGAUGAAUGACUAUUAACGUCCGUUCUCUCCCCCUUCCCCCAAAAUGAAAGAACGAAAGAAAAAAAAAAAGAAAAGCAAGAACCCAAUCAAAAUUUAAGAGACACACAGAUAGAUGCACUUUUUUGGAAACUAAUGCAAA